AUGAGCUACCAUACUCCUACACACUUCCAUGUAACCAAGCUCAGGUCGUGCUGUUCACCAACACAUGGUCAGCAACUUUUAAACGGUUUUACACCACUAAGUUUAAAUUUGGUACCGUGUUAUAAACUGUUGGACCUGAACCUUUUAUUGUACCGCGCAUCACGACGAGAAACCAUCCUUAAGGAACAGUCACAUGCUCACAUUUCCACAAAUUUUAAUAAUACGUUUAUCUAUGAAGAUUUUGUUCCAUUGCAGGCCGAGCAACAAUCAACAACCUCAAUUGUUAUGAACAAAACAUCCUGCCGUCCCCUUCGUGCCCUCAAUGAAAAUACAUCGUUGCAGACUGCUAAACGGUGA